AUGGAUACUAAAUGUAUGAGUGUUAUUGAGAAUGAAGCUGACGGCCUACAAAGAUCUGAAUUAAUGUUGAAUACUAUUGAGCAGAAGGGGAAGGGUAUUGUAGUCAGUGAGAGAAGCGAUGAAGAAUCAGUUUGGUCCGAAUGCCCUGAUCAUAUGCUUGAGGUGAUGUUUUCGAGCCUACCGGUCGAGUUCAGUUCACGAUUUCGCAUUGUGUGUAAAGAAUGGAAUACUCUCUUAUCCUCUAACAGAUUUCUAUCUUCAUUGCCAGAGGGAGAUCCAUGGAUUCUUCGAUGCAGCUCAACGCAUGCCAUGGCGUACUGUUUUCUCACGCAAUCUUGGAAGACUAUUUCCCUUCGUUUCUUGCCAAGCGAAACAAUUAGAAGUCUCUCACAGGAACAUUCAAUUGUUCAUAGUUCAGGUGCAGGCCUACUGCUAAUCGCGAGAAUUAGAGGACCUCAGAAAAAAUAUAUAAUCUGUAAUCCACUUACAAGCACAUACAGAUAUCUUCCCACUGUCAUAGCAAACAAUGUACGUGCAGUGACAAUAAUGGACAACGGAGAGUCCUACAAAAUUGUGGGUUUGUCGAAUAAACGAAACCCCACUUGCAUACAAAUUUACAAUUGCUUUGAAAAGUCAUGGCAAAUUGAAGUUGAGUUGCCUCUGCCCAGAGAGGAUUUUAGUUUUCUUUAUAUUGUGUGUGUCAAUGGUCUUCUCAUCUAUACUUCAUGGGAUUACAAAAUUGUGGUUUGGAACGUGGAAGAUAAGCGAACGCAACUAGUGCCCUUUCCAGAGGUGGAUCAAUCGAUUCUGCGGGAUAAUAUGAACAUUCCGUUAUAUAGACUGGCUAGACUGGCUAAACUGGCUGUAUGUGGAUCUUCGUUCCUGUUUAUAUUAAUAUAUCUACAGAUAAACCCAGAUCAAAGAGUAGUGAAUUCUCACCUGAAUGUAUGGGAAUUGAAAUGGGAAAAUGAGGAUAUGUCAAUAUGGACUUGGAGGGAGGUGACAAGAAUGCCUCCCGAUAUGUGUCAAGAAUUUAUAAAGGCGGGCUAUUUACUUGAAUCAAUUUUUCUUUCACAGUAUCAAGCUGUCAAUGUCGGAAAUUUCCUCUGCCUCACAAAUGGGUAUAGAAAUACCGAGUUGUUUGUCUACAGCUUACAUGGGAAGUGCUGGAGUCGGAUCAAGCUUCGUCAAUCUGUCAGAUUUCAAAGGUAUAAAUCAAUUUUGGGGUUUCAGCCUAAGCCAGACAUGAAGGUAUAG